AAAGGAAAACGUCUGAGCGCGGAAGUGGUGGUUGUUGUGGACAUCCGUGGAGAGUGAUCAGUAACGAAAGAUAAAUGGCGAGUGAUCUGUCCCUCUGUUUUUGUUGUAGUGUUCAGCGCACCAUGAGGUGUGUCAGAUGAGCUCGUGAGGCCAGCAGAGACGCCGGGAAACCAGAGCGACGCGGUCCUGCUAACUUCCAGCUAGCACAGCUAGCAGCGAGCACCGGAAGGUAACGCUGCACAGUGACAAGCAGGAACUUCAGCAGCCAUGGCAGAGGCCGGAGCCCAUCUGACCGCCACCGCUGCGAACGAGCAGCCGUCAAUCUUUGAGGUCCUGGCCCAAGAGUCUCUGAUGGAGGCGGUCAGGCCGGCGCUGAGACACGCCAUCAAGGUUCUCGCGGAGUCCAACCCGUCUCGUUUUGGCUUCCUGUGGCGACGCUUUGAUGAGCUCUAUCUGCUGCUGGACCUCCUCCUCCAGAACCACUUCCUGUCUCACUGCAGCGCCUCCUUCUCUGAGAACUUCUACGGCCUGAAGAGAGUUUCGGGAGGUGAAGGGCUUCCCGCUCGUCUGGGGCUGCACAGGAAGUCACACUGGCGCUCUCUACUUCUUCUGUGCCUGGUGCCGUACCUGCGGGCCAAGCUGGAGGCGACUCUGGCGCGGCAGAGGGACGAGGAGGACUUCUCCAUCCGGCUGGCGCAGACCAGGAGCCAGAGGCUGUACCGGGCGGCCGUGGCAGCGUACCCGUACGUCAGCUCAGCCUGGCAGGCCUGGGUCUUCAGCCAGCAGCUGCUCUUUGUCUUUGGAGUCGCCAGGACCCAUAAUCCCCUGCUGUGGCUGGCCAGGGUCAGACUGGCACGACUUAACGCUCAGGAUAUCAGAGACAUGGAGCUGAAGACCAACAGAACUGGCAGCCCAGCUGAGGGGAGCCUGGCGCGGAGAGCGUGGUGGUUGAUGUCACAAGCAGCGAGGGGCGUGGCCGUGUCCCUUUCCACCUCCCUCUCCAUGGGCGUCUUUUUCCUGCAGUUCCUGGAGUGGUGGUACUCCUCAGACAACCAGAGCACCGUGAAAACCCUCACCUCCCUGCCCGCUCCCCCUCCCCCCCUCCACCUGCAGCAGGAUCCUCCACCCUUCGCAGCCAAUCGUGGCGAAGAAACUCCGCAGGCCUCCGCCAGCAGGACCUGCCCGCUGUGCCGGAGGCUCCGCGCGAACGCCACGGUGCUCUCCACCUCCGGCUUCGUUUUCUGUUACCGCUGCAUCUACACGUACGUGAAAGCCAACCGCCGCUGCCCGGUCACGGGCUACCCCACCGAACUGCAACACCUCAUCAAGAUCUACUCGCCGGAGAGCUAGACCACAUGAGAUGGCAACGUAUUCAAGUUCAGUUCCAGAGGGUGUGGACAAAACAGGGGCCUUGUUUUUCAAAAGUAAAGCGGUCAGUAGUAGACGAUGGGUCGGCUGCUUUCCCUCUGCAGCCGAGCGCUGAGUGCUCAGGAGCUGCAGCUCUCUGUGUUGAAGUACUUUGUAUUGUUUUUGGGAUAAGAACACGGUUUUCCUUUUUGUAUGUAGUUUUUCCCCAAUGUACUCAAGUGUUCAAUUCAUUGUUCAGUGACACCAGCUGAUUUGGAAGUGACGCUGGGAUUCUCUUUCAGCUCGCAUCUCAUUAAUGUUUAUAAAUUUGUUGUUAAAUUGUUUCAUUUGUUUGCUCAGCAGUAUUCAUUUUGUAACAGUUCAAAUUUUCAGCAUCCCAAAAUCUACACUAUGUACGGUAGCCCUAACAGGCCAAAAGCUUAGCAGCAACGCUAGCCAGUGGCAGAUUGAUGAAUGGGUGGCUUGAGUUUGUUCCCUCUGUAUACAGAGCCUAAGUCCCUCUCUUCCAUCCUAUGGGACUUUAUUUCGGAAGAAAUAUUUACGGUAGUCAACAAAUUGACUAUCUAGCUUUGUUUUCCACGCACAAAUAUAUCUCACCUGAUGUGAUUAAUCCAACGACGGUCCUUUCAUCACAUCAUCUACACAUGGAAGUUCUUAGACGUUCUUGUCCGUAACAUUAGCUUCAGGAUUGUUAACUUCAGUUAUUGAGAGAAAUAGUUGUGACGUCACAUACGUGACUUUUAGGUUUGUGGUCUUUCUAGUUAUGUUUUUUCACAGUCUCUGUAUUAACACUUUUAUGUCAAACUGUGACUUUCUUGACUUACAAAAUUAUAUUUUAAGUUGAUAAACAUCAUAUGUGUACUUCGGGAAACAAUUCAAAUUUUGUUGUCUCUUGCUGUUGACUAGUGUAAAAUAUGUUUUUCCCGAAAUAAGGUCCCAACGUUACUGAUGCUAACGUCAAAGAACUUCCAUGAGAGGAUGAUGUGAUGAAGGGACAGAGUCGUUGGAUUAAACCCAUCAGGUGAGAUAUAUUUCUGCGUGGAACAUAGCUAAGUAAUCUAGCUAGUAGCAACCACGCAAUGAACACUAGCUAGCAUUACCGCGCUAACACAUCGGUGACAUAUAUUGUGCAAGACGAGAGAUGUAGUUCAGUGAAUGGUUUUCAAUCGACAUGUAACUUUUACUGUUUUACAACAAACUGCAACUUUUUGACAGACAAAAUUGAUGGACAAUAUGAUCUUUUAAUUUGACCAACAUCGUGUGUAAUUCAGGGCACAGUUCAUACGGGAUAAAAUAAGUUGUCUAUCACCAUUAACUACCGUACAUAUUUUUCCAAAAUAAGGUCCUAUGGGCCGGAAAUGGAAGCGAGUGACUUAUGGCCCUCAAUCGGAACGAUGGUCUAGGAUGAGAUGUCAACAAUGUGUUUCUCAAAAAACGACUUACUUUUUAAGCCUUAAUUACAGCGCCACCAUCUGGCCAAGUGGGCUCAUAUCUAUAUGGAAUUUAAAUAAGCACAUACACACCAUUUCAGGUUAUUCAUGUUUCUAGAUCAUUCCAGCUCACGUGAAUUUGAGCCGCGGCAUAAGACAAAUGAUAAUAAACCGGCACUAACACAGUGGGUUCUACAAUAGGGUUUGAAUCCUAAUUAAAUACAUUGAUUAGAUUUCGAAGGACAGGAGGGUGCUUUAAAGGGACUUGGACUCGUGACCUCAGUCCUGCCUUAAAGUGCACAUAAACGUGACCAUUUUCAUUUUAAACCUCACUUUGAAAGUUAAGCUUCUCAAAAAUAUCUAGUCUGCAGCCGACCUGGACCCUGUCCAAAUAACCUGUUCCUAUUUAGUUUUUUUGGCUUUGCAAACACUUUGUAAGAGAACUUCAUAAUGGAUAAAGAAGAUAACGACAUUCAGAAGGCAUAGUGUUUCUUACUGUGGUGGGAUGUGACUGAAGUGCACAACUUUGAAGACUUUGGAAGCUUUAAAGGAAUAAAAGGACAUUUUGAGAAA